AUUAACCUAAAGGAGGCACUUAGUAAAUGCUUGGAUACAAACAAUUAAAUUUUGAAUUCAUUUUCAGUAAAGGGUACAAAUAAAAGGAUCUUUAUGAUGAGUGAUGAAGAGGAGGAUAUUCAAUUGUCCCUGAAUGAUUCUUUCAACUCUUUGCAACUGUCUGAGACAGACACUCAUGCAGAAGAUAAACCCAAAGCAGAGCACAUUUUACACAAUGUUGAGGAAUGGAAAAGUCGCAAAGAUGCAAGAGAGAAGACAGACGCGGUUGAAAAAUUACAGCAGUUUAAAGUCAAAAUAAUAGCACUAGAAAAAGAAAAGUCAUCACAGUUGUUUGGGAAAAAACAUGAAUUCAGAAAAGAAUUUUGUGAUCUUGAAGAGCAAGAAGUAAAACUAUCGUCAGAUAGGUCAAAAGAAUGUGAGUCUAUCAAGACUAAACUACAGAAAAUUUCAUCAAAUGUAACAAAAUUUAAAAAUGAAAUCCAAGGACCAAAAAGUACACCAGAAUUUUUAGAAAAGUUGAAAAUGUUGAUGGAGGACAUUGAAAGUAGCAUUUUGAAGUACAAACAGCAACAAGGAGCUUUAUAUGAAGACAUGAUGAAUGAAGAGAAACAGCUUAGUUUAGAUCUAGAAAGUUUUGAAAAGAAAAUACAGUCUUGGUCAACUUCAUCAGGUGGACUUCCUAUUCAACCGAAAAAUAAACAGAAGGAUGACAAAAAAAAUUUAUCGGUACCACCAGAGGUCAAGGCAUUUCAGAAUUUUCUCUUUCAAACUGGUGGACAUCAAGGUGGCUGGGAUGAAUAUGAUCACCAGACUUUUUUAAAGCUUAAAAAGAAAUAUAAGGUAUUUGAAGAAUUCGUUAACAAUGCAGAAUCGGAAAUUCCAACAAGAUCAAAAGAAGAUAUAAUACAACACAAUGCAUGGUAUAAAGAGUAUAUCAUAUUGCGCGAGAAUAAGCGCACUGCCAUCGCUGAAUGGAAAAAUAUGAAAGAGUCUGAAAAGCAAGAGAAACUGCUUCAAAUUGAGGAUGACGUUGAGGCAGAAAAGAGAAGAGAAAUAAAACGAAAGGAGAUGAUUGAAAGAGAGAAAAUGGAAAGAUUUGCAGAACUUGAAAAGUGGAAAUUUGCGAAGGAACUUCAAGUCCAAGAGACAGAGGAAGCGAGAAGAAAAAGGCUUGCUGAAGAAAGGGCACGUAAAGCAGAGGCAGAACAAAGAAGAAGGGAAGAUGUCAAGGCAAAAGUACAGGCAUAUCAGAGGAAAAAGAAAGAGGAAAAUGAUAUACUCGAACUUGCACGUAAAGUGCGUGAAGAAGAAGAGAAAGAAGCAAAGAAAAUCUCAGAAGAAGAAUUAGCUCGAAUCAAAGAAAGGGAUACAAGAAUUCUUGAAGAGAGAAAACGCAGACAUGAUCAAAGAGAAAAAGAGAGAAAAGAAAAAGAAAAGCGCCUUAACAAGCUUCGUGGUCAGGUCGCUGUAAAAGUCGAACGAGAUCCAUCGCGUCUGUAUCAAAUGACGGAGGGAUGGAAAGAGCGGCAGCGCAGCGCUAGAGAAGAAAAUGCCCAACCACAACAGCAAUUUCAGCGAAGGGCUGUACCAUCGUGGCGCCAGGGCAUGCACUAGUGAUGCAACAACUUUAGCAGAUUAUGUCAAUGUCAAUGUUCUUAUAUCUGCGCAAUCAAUGUCCUCAAAUUUAUUGAAGAAUUUCUAUGCAUGUUUUUAAGGCUACCAUGUUGAUAUGUGUACAGCAGUUUUGAUUCAAAUUAAACAUACCUACCUGGACUUUUUAUUGAUGACUCCUUUUCUCUUUAAAAUUCCAAAGGCCUCACCUGGAAUAAAGUUAUUACUGUCUCACAAGCACUGUCUGAAAAGACUGUUUUAGAGAUUUAGGUCAGGACAUUUGAAGAAGACAUCAUUUGGGUUUUUAAACAUUUCAUAAUAUCAACAGGAACAUAAUAAACUAUUUACAAUAAACAUGAUCCAACGUGAACACCACAUUACAACGUGGCGUGAACAACUGACUAAUGCAACUUCGAGGUCUAGGAACGAGUGAAUGAUUAACCGCGUGCUGCUCCUUCACAACAAAGACUGCUUAAACUAAAAUGCCUUGUCGUAUCAUUUUAACAUUGUUCCCUUUUGUGAAAUUUACUUUUUUGAUCUUCUUUAUAGAAAGUUAUAGAUAUUUUAAACCUUCUUUGAUGUAAUUUUGUAGUGAAAUUUUCAGACUUCCUUUUUAAAAAAUGCUACCGUUAGCGCUAACGUUAAAAAUGCUAACGACCUCAUCUAUAAUGUUUGCUAAAUCCAAACUCUUGCAAGCCCAUAAAUUUUCAUCUCCUACCACAAAGACCUGGAAAAGUCGCUCACCC